AUGAUGACAGAGGUGAGGACUCAGUUGGCAGAACAUCUGCUGAUGAGUCCCAAGGCUGAGCUGAAGACUGAGAAAAAGUCCAGGCCCAGGCCAAGGACUCACCAGGACAGUGUGCCACAGAAAGAACUGAUGGUCCCAGGCAUCGUGGAUUUCGAGUUGACCCAAGAGGCAGUGAGGAGCUCCAAGCCCCAAACCCCUGGUGCCUACCGCUUUGGCCGCCUUAGCCAUCACUCCUUCUUCUCCAGGCACCACCCCCACCCCCAGCGCGUAACCCACAUCCAAGACCUCACUGGGAAGCCUGUCUGUGUUGUCCGGGACGAGUCCUCUUUGACCUGCUUGCCUCCAGCUGUAUUCUUACCCAGCUGUGUGAUGGGGAUGCCCACUACCUCUGCCCCUAUUGGAGACCCACAAUCCAAUCGGGACCCUUGGCUUUCUUCUGAGACCUGGAAGAGAGAGUUGAAGGACCUGGCUUCCAGGGUGGCCAUCUUCACCAAGGAGAACGAAAUGAAGAACAAAGAGGUGGAGCAGAAAGAAGAGCCACAGAGAGAGCAGGGGGCGAAGUACUCAGCUGAGACUGGGAGGCUCAUCCCAGCUUCCACACGUGCCAUUGCCCGCCGUACCUACCGCCAGGGUCAACGCCGCCACGCUUCUAGCCAAGACGGCGGAGUCCAGACCUUUGUGCUGCAGGACCAGGAGCUGCUGAUCCUGGAGCUCCUCUGUCAGAUCCUGCAAACAGACUCGCUAAGUGCUAUCCAGUUCUGGUUACUCUCUGCUCCCCCGAAGGAGAAGGACCUGGCACUGGGACUCCUGCAGACAGCUGUAGCUCAGCUUCUCCCCCAGCCCCUGGUCUCGAUCCCUACACAGAAACUUUUGAACCAACUUCAAGAAGUUCAAGAAUCACCUCAGGAGAAGCAACAGUCCUCCUACAGUCAAUCCCCGAAGAAAACUAUGACACCACCCAUACCGAAGAGCGAGAAGCCAGAGUACAUCGGAACUGCCCAAGUUCUUCGAAUUCACUCAAGCCAAAACGCAGAAGAGAGAACGUCCGAGUCAAAGGCAGAGAGCUGA